GAGGUGCACCACUGCGCAGGCGCGGCCCCGGGACCAUGGCGGCCGCGUUGCUGCUCCUGCGCGCCCUCCGCCGAGGACCCUGGCCGGGUCCGGAGCGGCUCUGGGGCCCGGGCCUCCUCGCCGGGGCUGGGAGCAGGCGGCCGUACGUGGUCCGCAGGCCCCCGGUGGGUGUCGCCGAAGCUGGCGGCCGGGCCCUGCAGAGUUUGCAAUGGCGAACGCUAACCCCAACCUUUGAAGGGAUCAGGGGAUUGUUACUGAAACAGCAUCUACUUCAAAAUCCAUUCAGACUCUGGCAACUUUUAGGUGGUACUUACUAUUUCAACACCUCAACGAUGAAGCAGAAAAAUAAUGACAAUGAUAAAUCCAAGAGGAAGGCCCCUGAAGAUGACGAAGAGGAGAGGAGAAGGAAGCAGCGGGAGGACCAGAUGUACCGCGAGCGGCUACGCACCCUGCUUGUCAUCGCCAUCGUCAUGAGCCUGCUGAACUCUCUGAGCUCCAGUGGGGGCAGCAUUUCCUGGAACGACUUUGUCAAGGAGAUGCUGGCCAAAGGCGAGGUGCAGCGUGUGCAGGUGGUACCUGAGAGCGAUGUGGUGGAAGUCUACCUGCACCCUGGAGCCGUGGUGUUUGGGCGACCUAGACUGGCCUUGAUGUACCGAAUGCAGGUUGCCAACAUUGACAAGUUUGAAGAGAAGCUUCGAGCAGCUGAAGACGAGCUAAACAUCGAGAGCAAGGACAGGAUCCCAGUUUCCUAUAAGCGCACUGGAUUCUUUGGAAAUGCCCUGUAUGCCCUGGGGAUGACAGCGGUGGGCUUGGCCAUCCUGUGGUAUAUUUUCCGUCUGGCUGGGAUGACGGGAAGGGAAGGCGGAUUCAGUGCUUUCAAUCAACUCAAAAUGGCUCGUUUCACAAUUGUGGAUGGGAAGUCAGGGAAGGGCGUGAGCUUCCAGGAUGUGGCAGGAAUGCACGAGGCAAAGCGGGAAGUCCGAGAGUUUGUGGACUACCUGAAGAGCCCGGAGCGCUUCCUUCAGCUUGGCGCCAAGGUUCCAAAAGGUGCACUGUUACUCGGUCCCCCUGGCUGUGGGAAGACACUACUGGCCAAGGCAGUAGCCACUGAAGCCCAGGUGCCCUUCUUGGCAAUGGCCGGCCCGGAAUUUGUGGAGGUCAUUGGAGGCCUAGGUGCUGCCCGUGUGCGUAGCCUCUUCAAGGAAGCCCGUGCCCGAGCCCCCUGCAUAGUGUACAUUGAUGAGAUUGACGCCGUGGGCAAGAAGCGCUCCACCUCCAUGUCCAGCUUCUCCAGCACCGAGGAAGAGCAGACCCUCAACCAACUCCUGGUUGAGAUGGAUGGGAUGGGCACCACAGACCAUGUCAUUGUGCUGGCAUCCACAAAUCGAGCCGACGUUUUGGACAUGGCUCUGAUGAGGCCCGGCCGACUGGACCGUCAUGUCUUCAUUGACCUUCCCACAUUGCAGGAGAGGCGGGAGAUCUUCGAGCAGCACCUGAAGAGUCUGAAGCUCACCCAAGCCAGCAGCUUCUACUCCCAGCGGCUGGCAGAACUGACACCCGGAUUCAGUGGUGCUGACAUCGCCAACAUCUGUAACGAGGCUGCGCUGCACGCCGCACGGGAGGGGCACACAUCUGUGCACACCUUCAGCUUUGAAUAUGCAGUGGAGCGUCUGGUGGCUGGGACUGCUAAAAAGAGCAAGAUCCUCUCCAAGGAGGAGCAGAGGGUGGUCGCCUUUCACGAGUCAGGCCACGCCUUGGUUGGCUGGCUGCUGGAGCACACGGAGGCUGUGAUGAAGGUCUCCAUAGCACCUCGGACCAAUGCCGCCCUGGGCUUUACUCAGAUGCUCCCAAGAGACCAGCACCUCUUCACCACAGAGCAGCUGUUCGAGCGGAUGUGCAUGGCCCUGGGUGGUCGAGCAGCUGAGGCGAUCUCCUUCAGCAGGGUCACUUCGGGGGCCCAGGAUGACCUGAAGAAGGUCACCCGCAUCGCUUACUCCAUGGUGAAGCAGUUUGGGAUGGCACCUGGCAUCGGGCCUGUCUCCUUUCCCGAGGCACAAGAGGGCUUCAUGGGCAUCGGACGACGCCCCUUCAGCCAGGGCCUCCAGCAGAUGAUGGACCAUGAAGCAAAACUGCUGGUGACCAAGGCCUACAGACACACCGAGAAGGUGCUGCUGGACAACCUAGACAAGCUGCAGGCGCUGGCAAAUGCCCUUCUGGAAAAGGAAGUGAUAAACUAUGAGGACAUUGAGGCUCUCAUUGGCCCACCGCCCCAUGGGCCUAAGAAAAUGAUCCCACCACAGAGGUGGAUUGAUGCCCAAAGGGAGCAGCAAGCCUCUGGGGAGGAGGAGGUGGCCCAGCAGCCUACACCCCAGGGGGAAGAGCCCUCUUGGCCCAGAUAGCUGCAGCUCUUCGACCGCACCUCGGUGAUCCAGGGCUUCUCCCCAGCAGCCCCUCACCCCCGCCCCAUUUCCUGUCGUGUGAGAUUUGCACCUUGUGCCUGUGGAGCCUUCCAGGCCUCUGUGGCGGGCCUGUCUGCUGGUCUCUGUCAGUGUUGGCGACCUCUUCAGAGGCAGCUGGCACUCCUGGUAUUUGCACAUCGCUCCCCCGUCAGGGAUGCACGUGGAGGUGCCCAGUUCCCAGGUCCAGGACUCGCACCUGCACGUGUGGCUGCAUGGUCCAGAGACAGCCCAGCAGCCAGACUGAAGCCAGGCCUGUCCUGAGACUCCCAUGGAGUGCUAACAGGGUCCACCAUGGAGGGCCCUCUGAGCCACUUGUCCUCCUCUCAUGGCACUCACUCAGCAAGAGGACAACAGCUUUGGGACUGGGCACUGGGCCCUAGAGGAUUCAAACAUGGCCCUGCCGCCCUGCGGACAGCUGUGAGGAGGGACCUCUCUGGUCCAGCCUUGUGUGUGGGGAAACACCUUGGUUUUGACCCCGCUGAGGGUCGYGCUGCUUCACUGACGAGUUCUGUGGUGGGGCUGGGGGGCAGCUUGGGUUAGCACAUGCCUAACGAGCACACUCCGGGUCCAUCCCCAACACCACAAAGAAAAAUAAAAUCCUGCAGGUGGAGAGCCUCUGUGCUGCACUGCCCAGGUUACAGACUCUGGUUUCAGAUCAUCUCUGAGGCACGUGGUGACCAGAAGACCAUCUAGGGUGAAGCAUGGACACCUAGCGAGGGCCUGGCUCUGGCUCCUGGAGUGGCAGGUGGGCUCCUGCUGGCAGCUCCUGCCCUUGGUGCCUCAGCACUCCCUGUGCAGUGGCACUUGGAGCUGUGAAUCGUGGUCACUUCCUUUUGUCCCAGUGCUGACUCGCCCCGAGGAAGCCUGCAGGGCUGUGGGAGGUACAUGGGGCAGGGGCUCUGGGCGCUUUGUGAGGGACACUGCCUGGGCCCCAGAUCUCCAACUUUACUACCAGAGACUUGUACCUGGGAGGUAUCUGGCUGGUGCUGCCCCAGGGCACGUCCUUGGCAGUUGUCGUCAAGUGGACAUGGCACCUGCACUUGCAUUGCCCGUUGAAUGGGCUGUGUGUGUAUCCUCUGGGGAGUCAUGGGCUGAGUCCAGGCCACAGCAGUCAGGGCAGCAUCUCAGGGGAGUGGACCAAGGUGCAGCCCAGCCCCCAGCACUUGUCGGUGGCCGUUGCUGAUUUAUAGAAGUGAGUCCUGGAGACUGACUCUGGGCAUCCUCCAUGAUGGCAGUGAGCCCCACUUGUGCUCAGGAUUCUGGGAUGCGUGCCACUCUUGGACCGCUGAGGUCCCCAAGGUGCCAGCUCCAACAGCAGCAUGUGGGUCCCUAGGCAGCAAGGCUGCCCCGGGCAUCCCUGUGGGCACCCCGAGGCCUGCGGGUGCACUGUGGCCCCCUUCCCAGGGGGACUACAACCCCAGAAAGCCACUGAAGGGUAAGAAAGAAAACAUGCACUUGAAUCCCAAAAUCAUGCCCUAUUUUCCAUGCGCUCAGAUAAUGGCGGACUUUAACUUCUAUUUUAAGCCAUUUUCAGCGAGCCUCUCUGACCUGUGUGUGGCCACAGGCCUGACUGAAGCUGAGAAGCUGGUGGUGGUUCUAUGACUAUCUCUGACUCAGAGUUGCUUAGUGGCUUGCUUUUUGCAAAGGCUGGCUUUGAACUCAUGAUCCUCCUGCCUCAGUAUCCUGGGCUACUGGGAUUACAGGCGUGUGCCACCAUGCCUGGCCCUGUAUGUGAUAGUUUUAUAAAGACCAGGAUUGUGGGCUGGGGCUCAGCAGUAGCACACGUGCCUGGCAUGUGUGAGGCACUGGGUUUAAAUCUCAGCACUACGUAUA